AUGAGUGAAGGAAGAAAGAAAAGAGCAAGUGCUACACCAGCAUCACCUAAACCCAAUGUUGAGUUGAUGGAACAACUCACACAGAUAUCGAUUCCCAUUAUAUUGCCACCAUCAUACAAACCAGAGGCAAAGUACGAGAAAUAUGUAAAUCAACUAGUCGGAAAGAUAAUUAUGUCUGCUGCACUCAUAUCAAAGAUACCUGGUCCUAAAUUAAAGAAUACAUUAUUGUCACAAAAAGGAUUACUUAUUAAAUUUAAUGAAACAAUACAGAUAUGUGAUGCUAUUGCAAAAAAUAAUCUUCAUUUAGAACUUGUUAGUGUUUCUGGUACAAAAUGUAGGUUGUUGUUUAAACAUAGAUCAAUCACCACAAAUACAAACUAUUGUUUGCAACAUACUAAUCAAGCAUAUCUUUAUAAAGAUGUUAUUACAACUGUUAAAGAGAGAUCAUAUUACGGAGUAAAUACGAAUUUAAGUGUAGGUGGAGGUAUUAUUAUAGUUGUUUUAGAAAAAGUUAUUUUAGUUGCAUUAUUCCCUGCUUCAGUAUUACCAGCAGAAUCGAUACCUUUUGUAGAAAACUUUGUAUCAAGCACAAUCAUUAGUUAG